UACAUCAAUCAGUAUCUUUACGACUGUCGACUGUGGCGCAGUUAUCAUCCGUCUUGUCGUCUAAUCUCCAUUUCUGUCGUAGUUCUGACAGAGUCUUGUCGUUUCAAGAGAGUGUAAAAUAUCGAGAAUAUAAACUCUAGCAUGGCAGCAUCGGUCCCGGACGUUGACAGUGUCAGAGCGAAGGCGUUGCAGAUUUUCGCCGAAAAAUUUAAUGAGCAAGCCACCGUCUGCGCGUACGCGCCGGGUCGCGUUAAUCUCAUCGGCGAGCACACCGAUUACAACGAGGGCUUUGUGUUGCCGAUGGCGCUACCGAUGAUCACGAUGAUAGCCGGAAAAUCUCACGAUGGUCGAAAAAGCAAAAUUAUUUCUGCAAGUGACAUAGUCGACGUUACGAACGAGUUCGAAUUUGAAGCGGGAAAACGAUCUGAUAUAAAACCGGGCGAGCCAAAAUGGGCGAAUUAUAUAAAAGGCUGCAUCGCUAAUUUUAUAUGCGACGUCCCUGCGUUUAAUGCUGUGAUUGUGUCGACUGUACCGGCAGGUGCCGGUCUCAGCAGUUCAGCGGCUUUAGAAGUAGCGACGUAUACCUUCUUAGAAGCAUUAAGCGAAAAGAAACCGGAGAAACCAGAACAAAAGGCUCUGGCAUGUCAAAAAGCGGAGCACAACUUUGCUGGAGUACCUUGCGGUAUAAUGGACCAGUUCAUCUCAGUAAUGGGCAAGGAAGGCUGUGCUCUUCUACUUGACUGCCGAGAUCUCACUACUAAGCAGAUACCCAUGAUAUAUAUAGAUGACUAUGUCUUUCUCAUAACAAACUCAAACGCACCGCAUAAGUUAAGCUCGAGUGCUUAUUGCGAGCGUCGAGAUUGUUGUUACGAUGCUGCUAAGAUUCUGGGCAAGAAGAGUUUAAGAGAUGCGGAUAUAAACGAUAUCUUAGCGUUAACAUCACGGAAUAACGCGUCCGAUUAUAUUGUGAGAAGAGCUCGUCACGUAGUCACGGAAAUUCAACGUACCCAAGACGCCGCAAUAGCGCUCGAAAAAGGUGACUUUCAGCUAUUCGGUCGAUUAAUGAAUGAGAGUCAUGAUUCAUUGCGUGAUGAUUACGAGGUCUCGUCCAAGGAGCUCGAUUCGCUUGUAUCUGCAGCUAGAGAAGUAGACGGUGUAUUAGGAAGCCGUUUGACAGGCGCGGGUUUCGGCGGUUGCACUGUGACUUUGUUGAGAAAAGAUGCGGUUAAUAAGGCGAUCCAACAUAUGAAAGCAAAAUACUCUGGUGUACCUGAAUUCUACAUAGCGACGCCGACCGGAGGUGCGAGAGAUGUUAGCGUGAAUUAAUUGAUGUUAUUUUGUUAAAUAUACACAUGUAUAUAUUUUACAAUGUCGUAUAUUAACAAUUAUGAGAUAUUUUAAAAUAUAUAAUCGAUUAUCAUUUUUCAAGAUAAAUGCGUAUCGCUUACUCGCGUUUAUGGAAUACAUAUUUUACGCGUACGUGUGUGUACAUGUGAUGACAAAAUUUCUAUAUAGGAUGUCACAUCCCGGGUAGCAAGAUGACGUCUAUAACGUCUUUAAGACGUCUUUAAGACGUCUUUAGACGUCAUCUUGCUACUUGGGAUGAUGUUCAUAUUGAAACUGCAUAUUCUUAGUGUCAUUCUAAAUCGAAAAGUCUUAAUAUAAAGUUGAUUAUUUUAAAAUUAUAACGCAAAAAACAAAAUUGCAUAAAAUAAAAGCAGUAUUAUUUAUUGAAGAUAACAAUAAUAUAUUAAACAAUAAUUAAUUCUUUUAUAAAUUAUUCAAAAUGACCAUCGUUUUGAUCUUCACACAAUUCUACUCUUUGAGUUAUUGAUGUUAUGAAACGCAAAGGAAGUCCCGCAUCGUUAUGUAUAUCAUUACGCAGCGCUUAUAAAAUUUUUCAUUUAAAAAUUGCCAUAACAUCAAUAACUCAAAAAACAGAAGUGAACCAAAACGGUGGUAAUUUUGAACAAUUUAUAAAAUAAUU